AUGACAAAGGCAGUGGCGGACUGGGCUGAUGCAUCGGAGGAAAAUCUUUCAUUGGCAUCUAGAGAGCAAAAAUCUCACAUUGCCCUUAUCAAACAGGCAGCAACGUUUAUGGAAGAAGCAGCCUUAGAUAUGGCUCUGAGAGUAGAUACAGUGAUUCCCUGUUCUAUAGAUGGCAAAUGUUUUACACUGAACACAAAGCAUAUUAACCCACAGACUGUUAAGGUAGGUGAGAGGCCAUUUCUAUGUUCUGAGUGUGGGAAAUGUUUUACAUACAAAUCAUAUCUUCUUAGACAUCACAGAAGUCACACAGGUGAGAAGUCUUUUCCAUGUUCUGAGUGUGGGAAAUAUUUUGCACACAAAUCGGUUCUUCUUAGACAUCACAGAAGUCACACAGGUGAGAAGCCAUUUCCAUGUUCUGAGUGUGGGAAAUGUUUUGCACGGAAAUCACAUCUUGUUAGACAUCAGCAAAGUCACACAGCUGAGAAUCCAUUUCCAUGUUCUGAGUGUGGGAAAUGUUUUGCACAGAAAUCACUUCUUGUUAUACAUCAGAGAACUCACACAGGUGAGAAACCAUUUCCAUGUUCUGAGUGUGGGAAAUGUUUUGCACACAAAUCAGCUCUUGUUAAACAUCACAGAAGUCACACAGGUGAGAAGCCAUUUCCGUGUUCUGAGUGUGGGAAAUAUUUUGCACACAAAUCAGUUCUUCUUAGACAUCACAGAAGUCACACAGGUGAGAAACCAUUUUCUUGCUCUGAGUGCGGGAAAUGUUUUUCCUGGAAAUCACAACUUGUUACACAUCAGCAAAGUCACACAGGUGAGAAUCCAUUUCCAUGUUCUGAGUGUGGGAAAUGUUUUGCACACAAAUCAGAUCUUGUUGCACAUCAAAGAAGUCACACAGGUGGAAAGCCAUUUCUAUGUUCUGAGUGUGGGAAAUAUUUUGCACACAAAUCAGUUCUUCUUAGACAUCACAAAAGUCACACAGGUGAGAAGCCAUUUUCUUGCUCUGAGUGUGGGAAAUGUUUUAAACUGAAAUCGCAUCUUGUUACACAUCAGAGAAGUCACACAGGUGAGAAGUCAUAUCCAUGUUCUGAGUGUGGGAAAUGUUUUACAUACAAAGCACUACUUGUUAUACAUCAUAGAAGUCACACAGGUGAGAAGCCAUUUCCAUGUUCUGAGUGUGGGAAAUGUUUUACACAAAAAUCACAUCUUGUUAGACAUCAGAGAAGUCACACAGGUGAGAAGCCAUUUUCUUGCUCUGAGUGUGGGAAAUCUUAUUUAACUAAAUCACAUCUUGUUAUACAUAACAUAAGUCACACAGGUGAGAAGGCAUUUUCAUGUUCUCAGUGUGGGAAAUGUUUUGCACACAAAUCAAUUCUUGUUAGACAUAACAGAAGUCACACAGAUUCGAAGCCAUUUUCUUGCUCUGAGUGUGGGAAAUGUUUUACACAGAAAUCAUAUCUUGUUUUACAUCAGAGAAGUCACACAGGUGAGAAGCCAUUUCCAUGUUCUGAGUGUGGGAAAUGUUUUGCACUUAAAUCAUAUCUUGUUAGACAUCAAAGAAAGCACACAGGUGAGAAGCCAUUUUCUUGCUCUGAGUGCGGGAAAAGUUUUACCUGGAAAUCCAAACUUGUUAUACAUCAGAGAAGUCACACAGGUGAGAAGCCAUUUUCUUGCUCUGAGUGCGGGAAAUGUUUUACACAAAAAUCAAAACUUGUUACCCAUCAGCAAAGUCACACAGGUGAGAAGGCAUUUCCAUGUUCUGAGUGUGGAAAAUGUUUUGCACACAAAUCAGCUCUUGUUAUACAUCACAGAAGUCACACAGGUGAGAAGCCAUUUCCAUGUUCUGAGUGUGGGAAAUGUUUUGUAAGUAAAUCACAUCUUGCUAUACAUCACAGAAGUCACACAGGUGAGAAGCCAUUUCCAUGUUCUGUGUGUGGGAAAUGUUGUGUAAGUAAAUCACAACUUGUUACACAUCUGCGCAGUCACACAGGUGAGAAGCCAUUUUCAUGUUCUGAGUGUGGGAAAUGUUUUGUAAGUAAAUCACAUCUUGUUAUACAUCACAGAAGUCACACAGGUGAGAAGCCUUUUCCAUGUUCUAAGUGUGGGAAAUGUUUUGCAUGUAAAUCAGAUCUUGAUAUACAUCACAGAAGUCACAUAGCUGAGAAGCCAUUUUCUUGCUCUGAGUGCGGGAAAUGUUUUACACACAAAUCACGACUUGUUACCCAUCAGCAAAGUCACACAGGUGAGAAGGCAUUUCCAUGUUCUGAGUGUGGGAAAGGUUUUGCACACAAAUCAAAUUUUGUUAGACAUCAGCAAAGUCACACAGGUGAGAAGCCAUUUUCUUGCGCUGAGUGCGAGAAAUGUUUUACACAAAAAUCACAUCUUGUUAGACAUCAGCGAAGUCACACAGGUGGGAGGCCAUUUCUAUACUCUGAGAAAUAAAUCAUCUCUUGUUGGACACAAUAGACAUCACUCAGGUGAGGACCAUUUUAAUCUACUGGAGUAUACUCAUCAUUGCCAUGCAUUGUUCUUCAAGGUUCUUAUCCUAUCUCCUAUGCUUUUUGCAAUAUACAUGCUACCGCAGGGUGAAAUAAUCAGAGGUCAUGCCCUCAUCUACCACUGUUAUGCAGAUGACCUGUCUUUUGCUCUGGGUACUGAGAACCCAGUACCAAUCCUAAAUGGUUGUCUAGCUGAGCUCCAGGUAUGGGUGAUGCCAGUUGGCUGUGACUCAGUCCUGGUGAAACAGGUCCUUAUGAUAGAAGCUCACCAAAGAGCAGGGCUACAGAUCAGCUUUGCAAACCAACUGGGCUUGGGGGUUCACAGUUACAUAAUCCUGAUCAUGUGUGGAAUCUUGGUGUCCUGGAUGGUGGAGUGACACUUAGAUAUCGGUAUCUGCCACAAUCAGAUCCUCAUCUGAGGAACAUAGCCAGACUCCAGCACUUAUUUCCCUCAGAAGAUCUACCUACAGUCAUACAUUCACUUGUGUCAUCACGCAUAGACUACUGCAGUGGCCUCUACCUGGGUCUCCCAGCAAAAGAAUUGCACCGGUUGAAACUUGUACAGAAUGCAGCAGCCAGACUGUUACCUAACUAGCCCGUUCCUGCCAUAUAACACCCAUUCUCUGCUCCCUUCACCAGCUGCCUGUAAGAUGGUGACACUAUUACAUAAUCUUACUGACUGUCCCAGUCCUACAUGACCAGGGUCCAUGGUACCAGAAGCAGCUUCUGCCUCAUUACUGCCCUGCUUUCUUCCAUCUGCAGAUGAAGGACUGCGGGGAGAGAUGGGGUGGUGGCAGUAGCGGGGAGAGAUGGGGCGGUGGCAAUAGUUGUGGAGAUGGUGGUGACA